AUGAGCAGUUUGGACAUUUUCUCGGUCCCGUCGACCGACUAUCAAUUGCAGGGUUACAAAAUAGUGCCCUACCACAAAUUGAGCAGCAGCAUCACCCCGAUGAAGUUCUCGGUGCAGGCCUUGGAAGAUUACGUGGAUUUGAAUCGCAGUUAUUUUGUCGUCGACUUGCGUUUGUCCACGGCGGGCCAGAACGGCAUCGUGGCCGAUGCCAAUUCGGCGUCGGAUGCCAACAACACCAAGUUCACGUACGCCGUCAACAACCUGGCCCACACCAUCUUCAAGCAGAUCAACGUGCGGUUCAAUGGCACCCUGAUGACCGAACAGACCGACACCUACGCCUACUCGGCCUAUCUCCAGACCCUGCUCAACUACAGCCAGGACGAUGGAGAGACGUUGCUGGCCCCUCAAGGCUGGGUCAAUUUCUUGAACGUGUGGCCCACGUUGACCAGUGGUGCGGACGACAUUAGCACGUUGGUAGGGUCCCGUCACAACGAGGAUCACCUGCUCAAGACCCUGACCACCCCUUUCCGGGGCAAUGCCGUGGUCCGUUUGAUCAUGCGGCCGUACCUACCCGUGUUCCACACGGGCAAGAUCAUGGUGCCCGGGGUGGAAAUGAAUUUUGAGUUGCACUUCAACAGUCCCGAUUUCUACACGUGGGCGUCUCUCAACGACGGCACGAAACAGUACGUUCGUUUGCGAGAACAAGAUGUGGACAUCACCUUGCAUUUGUGUCGACUGAAUCUCAACCCGGAUGUCUAUGCGUCCCUGGAAGGGGAGCGCAAGCUCAAUGAGGAGGUGGCCAAGUACCCGGUGGUGAGUGAUCAGAUUCGCACGUUCUCGUUCAACGGGGCCACCACCGUGUGGAUGGAAGAUAACCUCUUCCUGGGUAGGGUACCCCAGCGCAUGAUCGUGGGGAUCUUGGACAGCACGGCCUUCAAUGGGGCCAAGGAAAAGUACCCGUUUGCCUUCCAGAGCAAAGGGGUGACGUCCAUUCGACAGUUUAUCGAGGGGGAAGAGUACCCGUACGUCACCCUGGAAUUCGCCGGGAAUAAUACGCUGAAAGAUUGGGAAGGCUAUCGUCGCUUCUUGGACGCAGCCGGGUCCGUGGCCAAACAUCGCGAGUUCAUGGUCAAACCGGGCGAUUGGGGGCACAACAAGAAUUGUACCCUGUACAUGUGGAACAACGUGCCCAGCGGGGACGCCGAUGGCCCCAAACUCAAUCCCAAGCAGACCGGCAACGUGCGUCUGGAGAUCAAGUUCAGAGCGGCCCUGAACGCCAACAUCACUAUCUUGGUGUGGGGAGAAUUUGAAAGCGUCAUCUACAUCGAUCACCUGGGUGCCGUGACGUAUGAUAACAAAGUGUAAAGGGUUCCAGGGCGUAGUUGGACCAUGGAACUGGUGGCGUUGAGCGAUCGUCAAUUGAGAGCCUUGGCGCUCUCCGACCCCGAGUUGAAGCGCGUGUUCCAAGGCGUCUAUCCCUCCGAUCGAUUGCCCGAGCACCCGCCCAAGACCACCCGAGGCGCCUACAUCGUCAACACGGACCCGGCCGGCGAACCGGGCCAGCAUUGGUUGGGUCUCUGGACGGAAGAGGGGGUGUGCGAAGUGAUGGACAGUUACGGGUUACCGUUGACCGUCUACGACGCCCCGGGAUUGCACGAGUGGAUCGCGAAGCAUUGCAAGUAUGUGGUGCGUACCGACAGGACCCUGCAGGCCUACGACAGUCGGGCCUGUGGCCACUAUGCCUUUGCCUACCUGCAAGACCGCGUGCGUCGACGGACCUUGCUGGAGUUUGUGGAAAGUUUUCGAGACGGCGAUUACGUGUGGAACGAUCAUCGCGUGGGGGAACGCGUCCGUGCUUGGAUACAGACGAAACUGGACGAAGCCGCCAUGGACGAACCCGAUGGACGACCGGACGCCCAACGCUGUGUAUCUCGACGUUGUUUAUUUCCUUCAUUAAACGAGUCUUAAAGAAAGCGUGUGUCGUUUUAUUUGUGUGUGUCCCACAAGGGUAAGACCACGAAGAGGGACGGGAAUAUAAAGGGGACAGGUGCAAGGCAGGAAGUGCGUGCGGGAGGGCCUUCGCGCGAGUGGUCGGUCCGAUGCCCAAGGGUUCUCUCCCGGCCGGUGGUGGGCACGUCCGGUGUUCAAGAAUAGUGCCACCCUUGCGCAGUAUGACCGAGUCUGACCGCGGGGGUGCCUCGUACUCGAAAAAAGGGACCUUAGCUCAGUAGGUAGAGCAGCGGCUUUGCACGCCGUAGGUGAUCGGUUCGAGUCCGAUAGGUUCCACGCCACGUCGUCGCGGGCGCUCCAUAAAACCGGUGCGCUCGCGGCGACGUUCUUUUUGUGAGAAUGAUUACGCGACAAGAUGUGCGACGCGUCCUGGAAGCCCUGGACGAACGCGUGUUGAUGGAAAUUCUUCUUAAUCCCGUCGACGUUCUGCAUGAGACGUGGGAUUAUCGACACUACACCACUUUUCGUCGUUUCGCGCGAGAAGGCGACUGGGAGGGAUUGGCCCGCACUUUAAAAGAAUGCCCAGAAACGGCCGUGGUGGACACGAUGUUGACUCUGAUAAAAGACGCCUGCCCUCGAUUGUACGCCAUCGUGGUGACAGAACGAGGAUGAUUCGACAUCCCAGCAACACGAUUGUGGGCGGCCCCUCGGGGUGCGGGAAAUCGACCUGGACGCGCGGGUUUUUGCGCCACGCCGAGACGUUGAUGCACCCCACUCCUCGGGUAAAGCAUUACUGUUAUGGGGCGUGGCAACCUGCUUUUGACGGCAUGAAGAAGGAGAUGGCCGUUCAAUUUCACGAAGGUCUUCCCACCCCAGAAGAGUUAGAUCAAUGGUUUGGACCGCGAGAAGGAGGGUUGUUGGUGGUAGACGAUCUCAUGGAGGAAGGUGCCAACGACAAACGCGUGUUGGAUCUCUUUUCCAAGCACUCGCAUCACCGCAAUAUUAGCGUGAUCUUCCUGUGUCAAGAUUUGUUCCCACCCGGAAAAUUUGCCAAGACGAUCUCGCGCAAUGCGCAUUACAUGGUGGCCUUCAAAAACCCACGAGAUCAGGUGGGCAUGCGCACCUUGGCGCUGCAGGCCUUUCCGACCGAAUGGUCGCACAUUCUCCGCAUCUUUCGCGAAUGCACGCAACGUCCUUUUGGUUAUUUGAUGCUAGACUUGCAUCCCGCGUCCGACGAUCGGUACCGUCUCUUCACCAACGUGUUACCGGAAGAAGGCCUAACGGAGCUCUACGAACGUGUGGGAUGA